UAAGUAACAACUCCCACUAAGAAGCUGGUUCUUUGACGUCACGGACAGCUCAGCUGCGGAACGUUCCAGAGUGUUGGGCUUCUAGAGGCUCUUCAUUCAAUCGUUCUGGGGUUUCGGUCUAGAUCGCCUUUCCCGCCAUGGAUUCUGCUCUGCUGGAGCUCCAGAAGGAUCUUGAAGAAGUGAAGCAGCUGCUGGAGAAGGCCACCAGGAAGAGGGUACGAGAUGUUCUGUUUGUGGAGCAACGGAAACUGGAGACAGAAAUUUCCAACAGGCAACAGCAACAGGCAGGAGAGACUACGGAUGUCCAGAAGCCGUCCGCCAUUGUCCCGCCUAUGGCCAGCACUUAUACAGUGAAAAUUAGCAAUUAUGGGUGGGAUCAGUCUGACAAGUUUGUGAAAAUGUACAUCACUUUGAAAGGAGUUCAGAAUAUUCCUGCCGAUAACGUACAAGUCCAAUUCACAGAACGGUCAUUCGAUUUAUUGGUAAAGGAUCUGAAUGGGAAGAAUCAUGCCAUGACCGUGAACAACUUGCUGAAACCCAUUUCGCCUGAAAGCAGCUCAAGAAAAGUGAAGACAGACACUGUGCUCAUCAUGUUGAAAAAGAGAUCUGAAAGCAAAUGGGACUACUUGACGCAGGCGGAGAAACAAGCUAAGGAGAAAGACAAACCAUCCAUGGAAACAGAUCCAGAUGGAGACCCCAGCGCUGGUCUAAUGAACGUUCUGAAGAAGAUUUACGAUGAAGGAGACGACGAGAUGAAGAGAACACUAAAUAAAGCCUGGGCUGAAUCCAGAGAGAAACAGUUAAAGGGGGGGGACAUGGACUUCUGAUCCUGCCCUCUCCUCGCCUUAAACAGUUCCACAGUCCAGCGACAGGCCUUGCUUUACCUGCAGUAGAGUUGAUCUCUACAGGAUCCAAUGUUUACAAUCCGAUUACUUCCCAGCAUGCACUCUGUGCUGCUUCCGCAGCCCCCCUUCUGAUUGGACUAUGAAAGAAAACUCAAACCGCUUCGGUCAUAGCACUGACCGACAGAUUUAUACCGUCAUAGAUCCUUCUUGGAUUUGACACCUGACUGCAGAUAUUUUGUCUGGAAUUUUAUUUUGAAACGUUUGUAAAAGUCUUCUGGUUGUAUAAUAAAUUCUUCAAAAUUCA